AUGGCUGAUGAAAGCACUCUAACCACCAUCGCUCACCCAGAGCUCAGUCCUGAAAUCAAUAAUGACAGCGACAAUGCCUCAUUGAGCUCUGGAGGAACUGACUAUGCCUCACUCAGGUCAAGUGUGCUCGACUAUGAAUAUGAGAAUGGCCGCCGGUAUCAAAGCUACCGCAAGGGCGAGUACUUGUUUCCCAAUGAUGCAGAUGAGCAAGACCGCAUGGAUUUUCUCCAUCACAUCUAUAGCAUGAUCUUUGGCGGAAAGCUACAUUUGGCUCCGCUGGAGAAUUUCUCCGGCCGCAUACUGGAUCUGGGCACAGGAACAGGGAUCUGGGCCAUUGAUUUCGCCGACGAGCACCCAGCAGCCGAGGUGAUCGGCAACGAUCUUAGCCCCAUCCAACCAGGAUGGGUUCCGCCCAACUGUGUGUUUGAAGUUGACGACUUUGAAGCCGACUGGCACUACACGAAACCCUUUGACUUUAUCCAUGGUCGCUCACUGGCCGGGGCGGUUAAAGAUAUGGAUAGACUCACCAAGCAAGCCUUUGAGAAUCUCAAGCCGGGCGGCUAUCUUGAAUUGAAGAGCAUUGGCAUGGCGACCUUUUGCGACGGUGAUCAAGAAGGAUAUUUGAAAAAGGCGCCUUCAACGAACCAAAUGUGCCGACUUAUCCACGAAGCAAGCUCCAAAUUCGGCAAGCAGAUGCAGGACUUUAGUGGGUGGGAAGAGAGUCUCAAGGCUGCUGGCUUUGUAGAUAUUGUUGCUGAUGUGGUGAAGGUGCCCAUGAGUGCGUGGCCCAAGGAUCCAAAACAGAGGGAUAUUGGCCGAUUCACAUACUCUGUGACUAUCCAAGGCUUCCACUCUUUGCUGCCCAAGCUGCUGGUCGAUAUCUUGGGCUGGACGCCUCUAGAGGUCACAGUAUUGAUUUCCAAGGUCAAGCAAGAGCUGGCAGAUGUCUCCAUCCAUCAGUACUUCAAGCUCUACAGCUUUUAUGCCCGGAAGCCAGUGACUUGA